GUAGCCGGCACCGAGAUUUCCGUGAAGGAGUUGAAGGCGCGGAUCGAUCACCUCUACCAGGUCUGCGACACCCGAGACCGCACGACGACUCAGAAACUUUCCGAGCUGCUAUCUGCUAUCGACACAGAGGUCAAGGAGCGGGCUGCAGCAGACGAUGAGGUUCUGCGUAAGCAGGGCUCGGCCAAGGAGGCACUUCCGGCCCUGAUCGCAGCAGAGCGGCAACGGACCGAUGCUGCCCUGGCCAAGCUUGAGGAAGCUCUCCGCCACGAAGAUGUGGCUGAGAGGCAGCAGAGGACGCAGGCGCUGGCGGGUUUGGAGUUGCGCUGGCAGCAGCUUCGUGAGGCGACAGAGGACGCCCUAAAACACCGCCUAGAGCAGCACAGCAGCGUAGCCCUGGAUGUGACAAAGGUCGGUGAGGCUCUCCAGGAGGAGACCCGGAUGCGGCAGCUGGAGCAAAAGGUUCUGGCCAAUGAUGUGCAGCGACUGGGGCAGGAGGUCGCAGAGGCAGCUGCAGCGAGACGUUCUGUGGAAGAAG